GUUUUCACCUUUGACCUCAAAUCUAACGUGGCUGCUGUUGGUUCGCUCAGCAGAAGACUCGCCAAAAUGGAUUCCUUCAGGCUGCAAAGUUGCCGGUAUUUCGUUUUUACAGUAGUAUUUUUGCUAUGUUCUGUGGUAUGCCAUACAAACCAGCAAGCUACUGUUGAGCUAUCAGACUCUAACAUGGAUACAAUUUUGCAGCACAAUGAUAUUGUCUUUGUCAACUUUUAUGCCAAUUGGUGUAGAUUCAGUCAGAUGUUAAAGCCUAUAUUUGAAGAAGCUGCUAAGGUUGCCCAACAAGAGUUUCCUGUACAGGGCCAGGUAGUCUUUGGAGGCCUUGAUUGUGAUAAAUAUCCGGCCCUAGCCAAGAAGUACCACAUAUCCAAAUACCCAACAUUGAAGUUAUUCCGAGGAGGUCAGCUUGCCAAGAGGGAGUACAGGUCACAGAGAUCAAAGGAUGCUUUUGUGGCGCACAUCAGGGAAAACUUGAAGGACCCAGUAAUCCAGCUUGCAAGUCCAGAUGAUGUAUCUGGUCUAGAUGAGAGCAAACGUAAAGUCAUUGGAUAUUUCAGGAGUUAUGCUGAUGCUGAUUAUGGUACAUUUAAGAGGGUUGCAAGUAGUCUACGAGAUGAUUGCACAUUCUAUGCUGGAUCAGGAGAAGCCUUCAGUAAAGAGUUGGCUCCAGGAAAUAGCAUUAUGUAUCGACCCCCGAGGUCUAUAGAUCAAGACAUGAUAUACCUUGGACCAAUGACUAAUGUAGAACUUCUAAGAGCAUGGUCCACUGAUAAAUGUAUUCCACUGGUUCGAGAAAUCACAUUUGAAAAUGGAGAGGAAUUGACAGAGGAAGGACUACCUUUCUUGAUUCUAUUUCACAAUCCGGAUGAUUCAGAAAUAGUGAGACAAUUCAAUGAUAUGAUUUUAAGAGAGGUUAUAUCUGAAAGAGGAAAUGUGAAUUUCUUGACUGCAGAUGGUACAAAGUUUACUCAUCCCUUACAUCAUUUAGGGAAAACCCCUAAAGACCUACCAGUAAUAGCUAUAGAUAGCUUCAGACAUAUGUAUCUUUUCCCCAACAUCAAAGAAUUAACGGUUCCAAAUAAGCUGAAGCAGUUUGUAUUAGAUCUUCAUUCAGGUAAACUUCAUCGAGAGUUUCAUCAUGGCCCUGACCCAGUCCAACAACAGAAUACAGUACCAGGCUCUCCACCAACAGCUAAAAACACUGAUCCUCCUGAAAGCCAGUUUGUCAAACUCAUGCCAAGUGAAAAUCGCUACUCAUUCCGUGAUGAACUUUGAGAUUGGCCUUUUCUUCAUUUACUUGUCCUUUUAUUCAAUCUGUGAUGUCUAUUUUUACAAUAUUUGCACAACUAGGACUUGUUAUCCCGUUUUAUAGAAAUCUAUGAUAUCUUUUAAAGAUUUGAGCCUAUGAAUACACUUAAUUUAUUCAGAGAUCUGAAUAGAUUGUAGAAUAAAUUUGAAUGAUGGAUGGAUGAUUUUGAUUCAUGUACUUUCACUUGUCGAGGUUUUCUUUAUAAAUGCCUCUCUACCCUAUUUAAGUCCUUUCUUUGAAAUAGAUGACAUAAUGAAUACAAGAUGUAGCCUGACAUCCAAUACUUUAUACUGUGUUGGGAAGUCUGUUCUAUUGAAUAUAAUCUCACCAAAACACUGCUGUUAAUCAUCACCCUCAUCAAACUAAUCUAUGUUCUAUUCAGAACAGUUGCUACUGUAGGAUUGCUAUUAAAAAUAGGAUUGUAUUGUGAGUUUUCUAAACAUCUUCACCAGAAUCAUAACAAAGGGUCAUUCCAUCAUGCUGCAACUAUUCAUCAUGUUUUGAUGAAUAUGAUUAAGUGAACUUUCAUAUAUUUUCUUUCUGGAAGAUAUUCAAUGUUAACUUUACUAUUAAGGAGAAAUAUGUCAUGUAAAAAUAUUUUCAAUUUGAAAUAUACCCCUGUUAUUUGCAGCCUUAUUCCUGCAUAGUCAUAUAUUCUGUCUACCGGUAUUUGUUUUUGAAACACAUAAGACACAAUUUUUCUUGUUUUCUAUCAUCAAGCAAUAAAGUGAUAUGAUUUUCCCAAUGAAAUAUGGUUGGUUGCAUGCAUUUUAUGAUCUGUAUAUAUAUAUAUUCUUUGAUAUUUCUUUCCAAUCCUAAUUUUGACAUAAUUCUCACUCUAAGAAAUAAAGAAAGUCACCAAGCAUUAGUCCUGUGUUUAUGAGGUUUAUAUUUGUGUUCGAGGAAUGGGAGGUAAUGCUCCAAAUAUAGGCAUUUUCUGAUAAUUGUAAUAUCUUUUGGUAAUAUAUAUGAUGCAUCAAUUUUUCAACCAAAGAUUUGGUAUUGACAUUCACCCAAUUCUUAUCUUGUACAAAAGACUUGAUGAAAGGCAAUAUCCAGAUAUUUGUUUUAAAUUGUUGAUUAUCAUUAAUUUUUAUGAUUGUAGAAAUUUCUUGUGCAUUUUCUCUGAAGAUUCUUUCGGCAUCCUGUGUUUUAUUGUCCGCAAUUCAUGAUUUAUGUAUCAUUUUAUACUGCUAUUUUUUUACUCUACUUCAUCGUAAAAAUAAUUAAAGAUGUUAGGAGUGAAUUGUUUUUCUCAUAGCCAGUAUCCCUCUUCCUAAAGAAGAAUGUAGAAGAGUCAAAAUAGUCAUAAUAAUUCUAGUUCUCAUUAAUGCCAAUCUUCAAGUGCAGUGCAGAACAGAUUUCAAUGUUUCUUAUGUGAGAAAUUUAUCAGAUCUUAAUUUCUUGUCAUGCAUGAAUUAAGUUAAUAGAUUCAGAAUCAUUGUACAUGGGAUGGUAACGUAACCUAUCAAAUCGACCAGUUAUUUUUGGAGGGCUUCAGAAGUUUUAUAAACUGCGAUAGGAACUGAAUAUACACAUUAAUAUGAGAAUAAACUUCCUUUACAUGUCUAUUAUAUACAAGUAUUAUCUUGUCCUUUUGAUAUUACAAGUUUGAGAAUUUACAGUACCUUGUUUUAUAUGACUGUUAACAUCUUUGAUACAAGAAAAUAUUCUUUUUUUCCAAAAUCAAGAAUUUUAACCCUUUUGUUGGUAAGCUUUCACUUGGGAGUCUGCAAGCUUCAUCAGAUUUUUGUCGUAUUCUGAGUUGUUACUGGAACAGCCCAAGGGUGUAUUAGAAUCGGAUUAUACAUAGGGGAGAGCAUGUAAUGUCCUAAAUCAUUAUUUGGGGGGGGGGGGGUGAGUUCCAUUCAAGCAACAAUGUCAGAUGUGAAAAUCUGAUGAAGCUUGCCAGCCUUGCAAGCAAAAGUUAAGGGUAAUAAUCCUUGAUUGUGGGGGAAAUAAGAGAUGUUUUCUCAUGUCUACACACCAAACAGAUGAAUCUUUCAGUGAUUUAUUAAAAUCUUUUUGUUAGGAAUGUGCUUUGAAACUACAAAUACUUUUUUGUGUGGGAAUUUAUUGGUAAUGCUUUUUAAAAAAUCUUUUGAAAUUAAGAGAUUCUUUUCCUGCAUUUUGAGUCUCAGGUAAAAAAAAAAUAUGUAGAUGAGUCAUAAACAUAUAUCAUUUGUAUAGCUGAUAUAUGAGAAGGGAAUUUCAAAUUGUUUUUGUUUCUAUAUUUUAGUGUUCACGGUCACUUACUGGUAAAGCCAAGUCAGGAUAAGAAAGGAUGCAAUUGCUUUUUUUCAGGUAAUAGUUUUAUCCCCCCCCCCCCUCUCCCUCCUGCCCAAAAGUGCAUUUCUGUGCUCUCUGCAUUUCUAAUGUUGGAAAAUAGCAUUGUAUUUAGAUUUGGUUUGCAAUAUGUUUGAUAGUGGAAAGGAAGGUUGUAUGUCAUUUUAUUUCAAUUUUGUGUUAUUGAUUUCUUUCCUAAUGCCUCUGUUGUACAUUAGAUUAUUGUAAGCUAUUACUAUUUAUCAGUUUGUACUUGUAGAUCAAUUCUCAAAACUGCCGUAAGUGGUCAGUUUCUAAACGGUCCUUGAAGUUUUAAUGAGUUUUCUUUCUGGAGAGUGGUGCCAAAUGAAAAUAAAAGGUUUUGGGUCAACAGAUGCUGGUAUAUGUAACAUUGACUUCUUUUCAGAUAAAAUGACAAUAUUUGUGUGUGUUUUGAUGUAGGUCAAAUGAACGGAAGAACUCAGAAAAUUAGGUGUAAAAUGUAGUAAUUACAGUUUCAUAGCAAGAAGUAUGAUAAUAAUGCAAGAAAGGUGCAAUUCUUUUGUUGCUGUGCAUUUAUAUUCAGUUUCUAACAGAAAAUUUUGACAUAAACUGCUAAUAAUUUGUUCAUACAAACAUUUGGUGGUCAAUAGGUUGUAUUUUGUUGAAAUUAAUUUCUAUAUCAUGGCUACCACUACAGUUAACUUCUAUUUUUGCAUCUAUCAAUUCAGGGUGAUCUCGUUGAAAUGAAAUCUUUGACAGAGGUAUUCACAGGAAACCACUUAUUGAUUGUCUAUUGUGUUUAUAGUCAUAUAUGUGUAUGUCAAAUCUGUCUAACAAGUAGCUGUGAUUUUAGCAGUUGCCAUUUCCGGUAAGUUUGAUUGAAUGUCCUUUUUUUCUCAGAGGAAUGCUUUAUGCUUUUUGUAUUUCAUGGCAAAGAAGCUUCAAAUGUUGCACUGCUCUGACACUUCAAGUUUGUCACACUUGAAGGUGAUAGUAAUAGUAAAGGUAAUAGUUUGCUUUCUAUCCUCUGGAAAAAGUGAAUGAUAACAGUUCAGCUGUUAUUAACAUUAUUAAAGUUUAUUUAAUCAGAUUAAAUCAGAAGCUUCAAAGGUUGCACUGCUCUGACACUUCAAGCUUGUCACACUUGAAGGUGAUAGUAAUAGUAAAGGUAAUAGUUUUGCUUUCUAUCCUCUGGAAAAAGUGAAUGAUAACAGUUCAGCUGUUAUUAACAUUAUUAAAGUUUAUUUAAUCAGAUUUCUUAAUGAAAAUGUCAUUCAAUGAGUAACAAAUGUAUAUUUUGCUGAGAAGUUAAAAAGAAUAAUUGAUAAAAAAAGAACAUUGCUCCCAGAUUUUAUAGAUAAAAUCUUAUUUCAUAAUUUUUGUUUGUUUGUUUUGAUUGCUGAAAUUCAAUAAAUUCUUUCUUUUUAGAAUUCA